AUGACAGGUGCUCAUAACAAACAAAUCUGUAGCACAUGGGGUAACUACCACUUCAAGAAAUUUGAUGGAGAAAUGUUCCACCUACCAUCCACUUGCAGUUAUAUAAUGUGUGCAAUGUGUGGAAGCAGCUACGAGGACUUCAACAUUCAGUUGAGACGCCAAGUAGUAAAUGACCAACCGAUUAUCACUAACAUCACAAUGAAGUUGAACAGCACUGUUGUGGAGCUCACCAAAAACUCUGUCAAGGUGGACGGAAGAGAGAUGAAUCUGCCAUUUAGCCACUCUGGUAUUCUUAUCUAUAAGAGUUCCUUCUAUGUCAAAGUCACUGCUAAACACGGACUGGUGGCCACAUGGAAUGAGGAUGACACUUUCACUGUUGAAUUGGACAUGAUGCACCUAAAUAAGAUCUGCGGUCUUUGUGGAGACUUCAGUGGCAUCCAGUCACACAAUGAGUUCAUCAAAGAUGAUGCUGACAGAUCCCCAUAUGACUAUGGCUACAUCAAACCGGAUAGCUCAACAGAGAGUUGUAUUGAACAGAUGAGUUCAACAAAACCAUGCAACGAAAUGCUCGGCAAGAUGAUGGGGGAGCGAGCCUUAGGAAAAGGUAACUACAGAGACCACAUCCUACCCACACCAGUUUGUGAGCAGCUGCUUUCAGGCCCAUCUUUCAGCAGUUGUAAGGACAUCGUACCCCUAGACGCCUUCAUCAAAGCCUGUGAAUUGGACAUGUGCUUCUGCACCAACAAGACCAGAUCCUUUUGUGUUUGCAGAACCAUCUCAGAAUACUCUCGCCAGUGCAUCCAGGCAGGUGGAAAGCCUGGUCCAUGGAUAAAGGAGCAGUUCUGUGACCAAUCUUGUCCUUACCACAAUAUGGUGUAUCAAGAAUGUGGAAACCCUUGUAUCAACACCUGUACAAACCCUGAUAGAAGUCAUAUUUGUAAGGACCAAUGCAUCGAUGGGUGUUUCUGUCCUGAAGGAUACCUGUUUGAUGACCUCAGUGAUAGAGGUUGUAUUACCAAGAAUCAGUGUCCCUGCAUCCACAAUGGAAAAAUAUAUGAACCUGGACAGACCUACAGAAGUAACUGUAAAGAAUGCACUUGUGUCGAUAAUCUAUGGAGCUGUGAAGACAGAGAUUGCCCAGGGACUUGCUCUGUCGAAGGUGGUUCCCAUAUUACCACUUACGAUGGGAGGACAUACAGUUUUCAUGGAGACUGUACUUACGUUCUUUCUAAGACCAGAGACAAUGAGUUUACAGUUUUGGGGGAUCUGAUGAAAUGCGGUUUUACUGUCACUGAAACAUGUCUGAAGGCAGUAACAAUUUUUUUAUCAAAGAGGAACACAGUGUUCAGGAUCCAGUCUGAUGGAAAAGUGUUUGUUAAUAAAACGUAUUCACAGCUCCCUCUUUCCAUUGCUGAUGCAAUGAUUUUCAAACCCACCACAUUUUUCAUCAUCGUCCAGACAUCUUUUGGACUUGAGCUGGAGAUCCAGCUCAUACCAGUAAUGCAGGUUUACAUAAAAGUUGAUGUGACUUACAAGCAGAAAACAACUGGUUUGUGUGGGAACUUCAACAGUAUUCAAGCAGAUGACUUCAUAACUAUUAGUGGAUCUCCUGAAGCUACAGCAGUAGACUUUGCCAAUGGCUGGAAAGCACAAGCCAACUGCCCUGAUGUUAAAAACAGCUUUGAGGAUCCCUGCAGUCUCAGCUUAGAUAACGAGAGAUAUGCUAAGAAAUGGUGUUCUCUGCUGUCAGACCCUGAUGGGGUGUUUGCUCCAUGCCACAAAGAGAUCAGCCCUGAUAUCUAUGAAAUGAUCUGCAUGUAUGAUGCCUGUAAUUGUGAGAAAAGUGAAGACUGCAUGUGUGCUGUUUUGUCUUCAUACGUACACAACUGUGCUGCAAAAGGGAUUAAUCUGCCUCACUGGAGAAACAUUGCAUGCAGCAAAUUUUCAGCCAGCUGUCCCGACAAUAUGGUUUAUUCUUACAAUGUUCAAAACAACAGUCGUUCCUGCCGUUGCAACAGUGACCCAGACUUCACUUGUGAUGUCACAUUUGAGCCUGUAGAUGGGUGUAUCUGUGCAGAGGGAACGUUCCUUGAUGAAGAAGCAAAAUGUGUCCCUUUAUCUAGUUGUUUCUGCUACAGCAAAGGCACAGUGAUUCUCCCAGGAGAAGUUAUCAACAGGGAUGGCACCACGUGCACUUGCAAGGACGGGAAACUCAGUUGCAUUGGAAAGAGAACUAGGCAACAAUCUUGUCCCCAUCCUAUGGUGUUCUUUGACUGCACUAGUGCUGCUCCUGAAUCUACAGGAUCAGAGUGCCAAAAGAGCUGCAACACUUUAGAUAUGGCUUGUAUUAGCAGUGAGUGCAUCUCGGGCUGUAUGUGUCCGUCUGGACUGGUAUCAGAUGGUAUGGGUGGCUGCAUCAAAGAAGAUCUUUGUCCUUGCAUUCACAAUGGCAUUUUACACCAACCUGGAGAUACAAUCAAAGUGGACUGCAAUAGCUGUACUUGUAAGGACAGGAAAUGGGAAUGUACCACAAACCCGUGCCAUGGAACCUGCUUAGUUCAUGGAGAUGGCCAUUACAUUACAUUUGAUGGAAAGAGAUACACUUUCGAUGGAGAAUGUGAAUACACUUUAAUCACAGAUUAUUGCGGACAUGCCAAUGCCAAUGGUACUUUGCGAGUUCUCACUGAAAACAUACCAUGUGGAUCUACUGGCGCCACUUGCUCUAAGGCUGUCAGACUCUUCCUUGGGAACAAGGAGCUCAAAUUGACAGAUGGAGGUUAUCAGAUUUUUCACAGAGAUGAGGGAGUGGACAUUCCUUACCAAAUUUUGAUAAGAGGAAUUUACAUGGUCAUUGAGGCAAAUAAUGGACUAAUUGUCAUGUGGGACCAGAGGGCAAAUGUGUUAAUCAAACUCAGUCCAAACUUUAAGGGUGCUAUUUGUGGUCUUUGCGGGAACUUUGAUGGGAACGCAAACAACGACUUCAUGUUGAGAAGUCAGGAGGUGGUUAUUAAACCCUUGGACUUUGGAAACGAUUGGAAAGAGUCUGAUAGCUGUCCUGUUACUAUGGAAAUUAGAAAUCCCUGCUCAAAUAAUCCUUACAGGCAAUCAUGGGCUCAGAAAGAAUGUAGUAUCAUUAAGAGUGGAGUUUUUGCAACAUGCCAUUAUCAAGUGGAUCCCAAUCAUUUUUAUGAUGCUUGUGUGAGAGACUCGUGUGCUUGUGAUAGCGGUGGGGAUCGUGAGUGUUUGUGCACUGCUAUAGCAGCCUAUGCACAGGCCUGCAAUGAGGCUGGAGCCUGUGUUGCCUGGAGAACACCUAAAAUAUGCCCAUUGUUCUGUGAUUAUUACAAUGCUCCAGGGAAGUGUGAUUGGCAGUACAAACCUUGCGGAGCUCCUUGUCUGCAGACCUGCAGAAAUCCAACUGGGCAGUGCUCAAGUCAGAUACUAACACUUGAAGGUUGUUACCCCAAAUGUCCCCCUGGACAUCCUUACUUUGAUGAGGAUACAAUGAAAUGUGUUAAAAAAGAGCAGUGUGGCUGUUAUGACAAAGAGGGGAAACAUUACAACGAUCAAGAGAUAGUUCCUUCAAAAGAGAACUGUCAAAUAUGGUAUGCUAUCGUUUCAUGUAAACAAAUACAGUCUACCAUCAUAAAAUGUAGUUUUAAUUUUUUAAAUGUUUGUCUUAAAGCUAUUGCAAGUCCAUGGAGAUCGACUGCAAAUACAAUGCAACCGGUAGGAACACAUUUUAAAUAUUUAUUCAUCUAUAUCAGAACUUCAUCUUUCCUUCAUUGGCACUUUAUUAAGUAAACGUCUUUAUUUCCAAAUUUGCAGCUUGCACCUGCACAUUCAAAGGGAACAAAUAUAUGCAUGGAGACACAAUAUAUAAUACUACAGAUGGGCUUGGCAGCUGCAUGACAGCUGUCUGUGAGGAACGUGGAAUAAUUCAAAAGACUUCAUACCCUUGUCAAACAUCACAUUCAACAACGACCUAUACUUCACCAACUAUCUUUUCCAGUAAAAUAGCAGGUAAUAGUUUUACUACUAUCUUCUGAAGUACAAGUUUUUAGCUUAUGUUUAAACAAGUAUUAAAUGUGUUGAUACUUUUGGUUCCAGUCAUAGCCUUUGAAUGAAAUUAUGAUUUAAUGGGGAAUUAAAAGGAUCAAGUUUUAAAAAGUUAUUUAAAAGAGGAUAUAUAAAUCAUAAAUCUGUUUUGUCACUGGAACCAUAUUAGUGUUAUGAUUGUAUAUAACAUGUAACUUCCUGGUUUCUGAAAGAAAGUUUGUGAUGUUUAAUGCUCAUGAUGAUUAUUGGUUAUCAGUGAUCUUUGACAGUUAAAAAUAAAAGAUCUGAUUUUGUAGAUAUUCCCAUAAAUCGCUACCU